AUGGUUUCUUUGCGAAAUUCUAGUGACUCUCCCGUGCCAACAAUCUACAUUCUUACUGCAACACACUAUCGUUUAGUUCAAUUUGCUGAACUAACACGUAUGUGUCAGACACUUUUGCACAUUAAAAAUGUUCAUUGGGUUGUUAUAGAGGACGCUGCUGCUCCUUCAGCGAGACUUGAAAACUUCCUCAACAGAUGCGGGGUGUCCUUUACCUUGCUUGCUACGAAGACACCUUCUGAGCAGGUCCUCCCUCCCGGCCAACCGCGGUGGCGGUAUGCCCGCGGUGUUGUUCAGCGCAAUCGUGGGCUACAGUGGCUUCGUGAAAACUUCAAACUGGGUCAAAAUGAGGGCGUGGUCUACAUGGCUGAUGACGACAAUACCUAUUCCCUUCGUCUUUUUGAUGAGAUCCGCACAACGAAACGGGCUUCCACGUGGCCCGUAGCUUUCGUCGGUAGACUAAUCUGGGAGGGCUGUGUCACAAAGCCGGGUCAUCCCGAUAUUAUCUAUCGCAUGCAGACCAUCUUCAAGCCCUGGCGCGAAUUCCCCAUCGAUAUGGCUGGAUUCGCCGUCAAUCUUCAGCUGAUUCUCUCGCAUCCCGAUGCAAAAUUUGUCGCUGACCCCAAGCUCUACGGUAUGCUGGAAACGGAUUUUUUGAAAAAGCUAGGUCUCCGAAAUUUCACUGAUCUUGAGCCCAAAGCUGAUGGCUGCAAACGCAUUCUUGUGUGGCACACGCAAACAAAGGACCCGGAUAUCGUUGCCUUGGACAAUAUGAAAACCGGUUUUCAACCCACUAUGCUACCCGGCGAGUUUUUCGAAAUGACUAUCCCACCAGCGAUCAUGGUGAUCUAUUCUCAAUUGAAUCCCUGUGGUACAUGA